AUGAGGAUCCAGAGCUUCCUCCUCCUGGUGGUUCUCCUGGCUUUGGGGAACCGGUUGCCCAGUGCCUCAGGCAGGAAGAAGGGAGAAAAAUCAGGGGGCUGCCCACCAGACGAUGGGCCCUGUGUCCUGUCAGUGCCUGAUCAGUGCAUGAAUGACCGCCAGUGUCCCUCAACCUUCAAAUGCUGCUACCGAGCUUGCUUCCGCCAAUGUGUCCCCAGGGUCUCAGUAAAGCGGGGCAGCUGCCCCGAGGACCGACUGCGCUGCCUCAGCCCCACCAAGCACACAUGCAACCAAGAUUUGGACUGCUCAGGCUUGAAGCGAUGCUGCCCCAGCGCCUGCGGCCGGGAUUGCAGAGACCCCACCAGAGGUACCACUUCCUAGGGGCUGGCUGGUGCUAAUUCUGGUUUAGGAUCUACAGCUUCACAUCUCAGAUGGGGCUCCCAGCAGAAAGAGAUGAUGGUGGGGCCAGGGACCCUGCCACCCAGACACCAUCUCUGCCAGGAGCAAUACCAACCUUCUGAUAAACAUUGACCUGCUGUCACUUCCCAGCAACCCACCCCCUGGGUUCUCUUCCUGGGGGUCAAGGUCCAUAAUCUGAGCUCAGUGGUCCUCCUCUUUAUCAGCCCAGCACCCUGGUUUGUUUGGGAAGGGGAAGGAGGCAGCACACCUCCUCUGCUUUCUCUGUGGGGCCUCCUCAGUGUCUACUUCCACAUCCGAACAAUGGGGAAGUUCUAG